AUGGCAAAUAUUUCAAUUUCAUUUAUUGGACGUUUUUGGAUUUAUUUAAUAUCGAAUAUAGCAUCAAUUAUUUGUUCUAUAUUUGUACUUUACUAUUUUCUCUUUAGUCGAAAACUUCGUCAUAGUUUACAUAAUCAUGUUGUUAUUAUUAUUUUAAUUAUAAAUUUUAUAAUUGAGAUAACCGAUAUAUCAUGGAUUCUUUAUUAUUAUCGAAAUGGUGUUGUUUUAAUAAAAACAUCAUUAUUUUGUAGAACUUGGAAAUUUCUUGAUAGUUCAUCAUAUGUAACAACAGCAAAACUUGUUGCAUGGGCUUCAAUAGAACGAUAUAUUCUUAUUUUUCAUGAUAGUUGGAUCUGUGCUUAUGAUAGUACAACAUAUUCGAUGUUUGAGUUCAUUACAGGUGGAAUAACAAAUGCAAUAAUUAUAGCUAUAUUUAGUAUGAUCCUUAUUAUUCGUCUUAUAAAACAAAAGCAUCGACUAAAUCAACAACUCAAUUGGCGUAAACAUCGUAAAAUGACUAUUCAACUUCUAUCAAUUGUAUUAUUAUUUUAUAUAUUCUAUUUGCCUAGUGUUAUCAUAGGAAUCUUAUUUAAUUGUGGUGUUCCAUAUAGUAAUCUGGAAUAUUUAUUAGCCUAUGGACAAUUUUUCUCUUAUUAUAUAAACUUUCUACUUCCAUUUGUUUGUGCUGGAACACUACCUCAUCUUAGAAAGAAAAUCAAAAAUACACUAAGAAUAGGCCCAGUGUAUACACGUGGUACUGUUGAACCAACUCAAAAUACUAUUCAACGUCGAGCAACUGACCAAAACAGCAAUUCUCAUAGGAAUUGUUGA